CCGUGUGCGCCAUGCCCGGUCUGAGCGCUCACUGUGCCGUUCCCCACAGCGUGAUCCGGCUCAUCAUGCAGUACCUGAAGGAGAACAGCCUCCACCGGGCGCUCGCCACCCUGCAGGAGGAGACCACCGUGUCCCUCAACACCGUGGACAGUAUCGAGAGCUUCGUGGCGGACAUCAACAGCGGGCACUGGGACACGGUGCUGCAGGCCAUACAGUCACUGAAGCUGCCUGACAAGACCCUUAUCGACCUCUACGAGCAGGUUGUACUGGAGCUGAUCGAGCUCCGGGAACUGGGGGCUGCCAGGUCCCUGCUGAGACAGACAGAUCCCAUGAUCAUGCUGAAACAAACCCAGCCUGAGCGCUACAUCCACCUGGAAAACCUUCUGGCCAGGUCCUACUUUGAUCCUCGUGAGGCAUACCCAGAUGGGAGCAGCAAAGAGAAGCGGAGAGCUGCUAUUGCACAAGCUUUGGCUGGAGAAGUCAGUGUGGUGCCUCCAUCCCGUCUCAUGGCACUGUUGGGGCAGGCACUGAAAUGGCAGCAGCAUCAGGGCCUGCUUCCUCCUGGCAUGACAAUUGACUUGUUCAGAGGCAAAGCAGCUGUGAAAGAUGUAGAAGAAGAAAAGUUCCCCACACAGCUGAGCAGGCAUAUUAAGUUUGGGCAGAAGUCGCACGUGGAGUGUGCUCGGUUUUCUCCAGAUGGACAGUACCUGGUUACUGGCUCUGUCGAUGGCUUCAUUGAAGUGUGGAACUUCACUACUGGGAAGAUUAGGAAGGAUCUGAAGUACCAGGCACAAGAUAACUUUAUGAUGAUGGAUGAUGCAGUGCUGUGCAUGUGCUUCAGCAGAGAUACAGAAAUGCUAGCAACUGGAGCACAGGACGGAAAGAUCAAGGUGUGGAAAAUCCAGAGUGGUCAGUGCCUGAGAAGAUUUGAACGAGCACACAGUAAAGGUGUUACAUGCCUCAGUUUCUCUAAAGACAGCAGCCAGAUUCUUAGUGCUUCUUUUGAUCAGACAAUCAGGAUUCAUGGUUUAAAAUCUGGGAAAACUUUAAAGGAAUUCCGUGGUCAUUCCUCCUUUGUCAAUGAAGCUACUUUUACCCAGGAUGGCCACUACAUUAUCAGCGCCUCCUCUGACGGCACAGUGAAGGUUUGGAAUGUGAAGACAACAGAGUGCUCAAACACCUUCAAGUCUCUUGGCAGCACUGCUGGGACAGACAUUACUGUGAACGGUGUCAUUCUGCUGCCUAAAAACCCGGAACACUUUGUUGUUUGCAACAGAUCAAAUACAGUUGUCAUCAUGAAUAUGCAAGGACAGAUUGUAAGAAGCUUUAGCUCUGGUAAGAGAGAAGGUGGUGACUUUGUCUGCUGUGCACUUUCCCCUCGCGGUGAAUGGAUCUACUGUGUUGGUGAAGAUUUCGUGCUUUACUGCUUCAGCACAGUGACCGGCAAGCUGGAGAGAACUCUGACUGUUCAUGAAAAGGAUGUCAUUGGCAUUGCUCAUCACCCCCACCAGAACCUGAUUGCCACUUACAGUGAAGAUGGCCUCCUCAAGCUCUGGAAGCCAUAGAUGGGUGUCACAGCGAGCUCUGAAGCGUGCCUGUUAGUCACGGGUUAUUGGUGUUUGUGCUUUAACAAGAUCUAAAUGUGCAGAGUAUGAUACUUGCUCAAUUUUUAGUUAGGGUUUCCAGAGAAAUGCUUAAAUACGGCAUUGCUUAAUUUCAUAUACUUAUUUUUAUCAGAGUAGUCAAAGUGACUUUGGUGAGAGUGCUUUUGUGUCUCCUGAACUCUGUACUCUUCCUACAAUGUUUGUAAAAGUUGAAUGAGCCAGGAAGUAGGCACACUUAUGAGUGGUUGCUGACUUCCUAAAAUACAGCAAAAUGUAUUGUUGUUUUUUUUUUUUUAAAUUUGAGUGAAAUGUGGAGUGGGAAAGCUGUUUCUUUCACACUGAUGAAACAUAAGCAUAGUUUUUCUGGAAUGCACAUGAGGCUACACUUCAGCUUGAAGGCAAGGCCAUUUCUAGUUCAUUGGGUUUUGCUGUGUUCAAUUUUCACUAUCAUUUUUCCAAUUAUAUUGGAAAGUAGUGUCACACAGCUUUCUCAGAAUGAAACUAUGCUUCCCCAUCUGCCAGCACUUCCUACUGUAAACUAUAAACUUGCCUGAUCUGGCAGUGAAAUACAGUUGGUUUUGUUUUGUUUUGUUUUGUUUUUCCUUUUGUUUUAUUUCACUUCUAGAUUAAAAGGUAUAAAUACUCUCUUCCUGUAAGUGCAAAAUGUCUUCAGACCAGUUGUAACUGAAACAGACUUUAGGGGAUCAAUAUUUUAAAACAUGCAAAAGUUGGUUUACAUAGGCUGAGUUCCUAGUGCUAUGAUAACGCUUUUCAUAAUUAUUUGUAAGAUUUUCUUUUUUUCAAUUUCAUAUGCCUGUGGACCUAGUCAAAGUGAUACUUAGGUCCCACAGAUAAAAAGACACUUUCAGGUUCUUCAUAUGCUCAGUUUGGAGCAAAUGAGUUUAUGAUUUGAGAUCCUGUCUAAUGCACGCUGUUGUGAGUGUACACCAGAAUCUGACCAUGUCUUUUCUACGAUGCAGAAGAUGAGGUUUCUCCUGUAAUGAUGAGUGAAACGCUUGUAGGUGUGAAUCUGCUGUGCUGUGCUCUGUCCUCAUCUCUUGUAGAAUGCUUUCCUGCCACAGUAAUCUUUCAAACAGUGAUGAUUUCUGUUUGAUUAAAUAAAUUAGUUCCAAUUCAAGUAUUUUGUCUAUGUCUAUAGUGGUCCAGGGAAUGCAGAAAAAGUUCAGCUGGAAUUCUCACGUAGCAUUGCUUGUUCAGUGCACUAAUUAAACUGUAGUGUUUAGUUCUCUGUUUAGCUGUGAUGUUUUAAUUCCCAAGUUGUUUUUUUUACUUCCUUAAAUACAUCAAUAGAGGGUUUUUUUAGAUAGCAAAAAGUGAUUAUUUUUCCUGCCUGAAAAGACAGAAAUAUCUAACAGUGAUGCAUCUGACAGGCUCCAUUGGCAAUUAGUACUUUUGAUACAGAAGAUCUUGACAAAAUAUUUUUAAUACUAGCUAACUUGUGGUUCAUUUUGUCUUCAGAUUACACAGAACUGCUAAUCCUCAAUGAAAACUGUAUCUUACAUUGUUCUCUAAGAGAAAAGUAGUUACAGCAAAUAAAACUGUCAGAAUUUUAGUGUUUAAAGGUUGAAAUACAUUCUCUAGCUUAGAAAUGUAAGAAACUCUGGCCUUUCUUAUGCUUUUCUUUGAAGAGUUUCAGUUUAUUGCAUUAAAUACUCAAGACAAAAGGGGGAUUUUUAUGAGUACUUGUGAAAGGGCAGUGGUAAAACUUAUUUCCUGGGCUAUAGCUGUAAUUUGUAAAAUAGCUGACAGUUGACACAAAAAUGUAGUCUUACUCUUGAAAAUGUGAAUUUUUUUUUUUUUUAAUUAAAACGGAAUUUUUUUAAAGUAAAUGUUAGUUUUUUUAAAUCUAGGAAGACAUUUUCUCUCUGGACAACCACCCGGGUGUUAUGCCACUUACCUCUCUGUAAGACUAGAACAAGGCAACAUCUAGUGCUUUGACUCACAUUAAAGAAAACAUUGUUCACCCGUGG